UUGUAACAGAAGUCAUUUUCUUCCGUCCCAGAAGUGUAAAUUUUGAACAGUCAUCAUCAGAUUUUGUAGCAGAAAAAAAAAAGCGUAAAUGUUACGUUCAACGGGUAACCAACUGCAGCGUGUCCUUCGAUGCGUCGUAGGAUUUGCCAGUCAACAGCCACGAUGGAUAGCUUCGGAAAAUGCUCCCGUUCGACGGUCCCAUUCCGGCUGCGAAGCGGAUGCCGAGUUCGAUGCCCGCUAUGAAGCAUACUUCAACCGGCCGGACAUCGACUGUUGGGAGGCACGGAAGGCCGUGAACGAACUGUUCGGUUUUGAUUUAAUUCCGGAACCGAAGAUCAUCGUAGCUGCGCUGAAAGCUUGCCGACGAUUAAACGACUACGCACUGGCGGUUCGUUUUCUCGAGGCAGUCAAAAAUAAGUGUGGAAACAAGGUCGAGGAAAUUUAUCCCUAUCUGCUACAGGAAAUUCGGCCGACGCUGUGCGAUUUGGGUAUCGAUACGCCGGAAGAGCUGGGCUACGAUAAGCCGGAGUUGGCGCUGAAGACAAUUUACGAUUUGGAAGAAUGGUGAUGAGUGACAUUCAUAUGCAUUAA